UUGAAGGAAAGGUUAGCAAAAUUGUCGUCCCUUCAAAAAACACAACCGUAAUGAUGAGUGAUGAAUUUGUGAGGAACAAAAUUUCGGCCAGAAAACCACAAGCUCCAUCCAGAAGUAAAGAGGUGAACAACAAGUAUUACAAUAUGGACAACCCACGUCGCGGAGUAGCCGCCAUUUUCAACCACGCUUCCUUUGACAACAGCUUAAUCAACCAUCGAUUAGGCAGUGAUAAAGACAUAGAAAGUCUGCGUCGGACAUUUGGAAAUUUGGGGUUCAAUCUUCAGUUCUUCAUUGACUUGACGUUCUCUGAAAUAACUUUAGCCCUGUCCAGCAUCAGCCAAAUGGAUCAUUCGAAAUGCGACUGUUUCUUGUUAGUCUUCAUGAGUCACGGUUUAGAAGGCAAGGUGCGAGCCAAAGACGUGGUGUUCGAUGUGAACCACCUCUGGUCAUAUUUCACCCCCGAGAGAGCACCGAGUUUAGCCAACAAGCCGAAGAUAUUCGUCAUACAAGCUUGUCAAGGUCAUGGAAGAAUGAGUGGAGUUAAAGUGGCCGACGAGGGAUCGGAGAUUACAACUCUAAUUCCAAGUUAUGUUUUACCCUCUUCUCCAGACUUCCUUCUUGCUCUCUCCACCAUCCCUGGAUACGUAUCCUGGCGUAGCCCCACGGCAGGUUCAUGGUACAUUCAAACCCUCUGCGCCUAUUUGGAUCGCAAGGGAACCGAACAAGAUUUGCUUACACUGUUGACCCAUGUAGGGAGAAGGGUUGCUAUUGAUUAUUCCGCAAUUGAUAUCAGAGACAAUGGCGUUGGCGGCGUCGUCAAAAAACAAAUUCCAUCCAUCAUUUCGUUCCUGGUCAAGAAGGUGCAGUUCACAAGAAAAGCACCAAAAAACAUAUGUGGCAAUAAAAGAAGAAUAGAUCACGAAGAUAGAAGCGAUGAUUCAGAUACAGCACUUGAGGGCAAGAAGAUAAAACUUGAUAACGAUAGUGAGAAAAACGCCGACACUUUAAAUAAAAACUAAUUUAACCUGUAUAUUAUAAAUAAAGGUA